UACUAUAUUUAUUAGAGAAGAAAUUAGAAAAAAACAACAUUAGUGUGUGGAAUCCUUUUAAAAGAUUGAAAUAUUUUGAAAAUUUUCAAACAACAUAAUUACAGACCAUAGACUUUCCAAUUUGUUUGUGGUUAUCUGCUUCAGUGACACAUUUGUUGUUAAACAAACAUCGCAGGAAUAUGGUGAAACUUGAAAGAGAAUUGUUUUGUUUACUAUAGUAAAACACGAUGAAACGAGAACGGACUGGCGAUAACUGUCGCCCAUAUAAAUUAGCCCAUCAAAUCGUCAGUUUAACAGGCAUCAGUUUCGAAAGAAGAAGUAUCAUUGGUUUUGUAGAACUUACUAUUGUACCUUUAAGAGACAACUUGAAGACGAUAAAAUUAAAUGCCAAACAAUGUAGGAUAUACAGAGUUAUAUUGAAUGAACAUUAUGAAGCUGGCUUCCAUUAUUUUGAUCCAUUUUUAAAUGUUUGCCAAAACGAUUCGGAAACUCGGAGUUUGGAAAACUAUUCAACAAGUCAUUACAAUGCAGCACUCAAAACAGACCCAGACAAUUCAAUGGGGGAAUUGAUAUUAACAAUUCCACCAGAGGCUGCACAUAUUGUUUCUGAUGGAACCAAAUUAACAGUUGGAAUUGAAUUUUCACUAGAAAAUCCUCAAGGAGGCCUUCAUUUUGUUGUACCUGAUUUUGAAGGCACAUAUGCAGAGAGAUAUGCUCAUAUGUACACAUAUGGCCAUCAAAAUUCGUCUCGACUUUGGUUUCCAUGUGUGGACAGUUAUGCGGAAACGUGUACCUGGAAAUUGGAAUUCACAGUGGACGAAGAAUUGACUGCCGUUUCGAACGGAGAUCUCCAAGAAGUGGUCUACACUCCGGAUAUGCGACGCAAAACCUAUCAUUAUUCCUUGAACGUACCCACUUGCGCUCCUAACAUCUCCCUCGCCGUUGGACCGUUCGAGAUAUUCGUCGACCCGUACAUGCACGAAGUUACGCACUUCUGUCUCCCUAAUUUGCUGCCCCUGCUCAAGGUUACCACCAGAUACAUGCACGAGGCGUUCGAAUAUUAUGAGGAAACUCUCUCCAAUAGAUAUCCAUACACGUGUUAUAAACAGGUAUUCGUGGACGAAACGGACGUGGAUUACAAGUCAUACGCCACAAUGAGCAUACUGAGUCUGAACUUGCUCCAUUCUGCUGUUAUCAUUGAUCAAGUUUACAUUACCAGAAGAGCGAUGGCACAAGCAAUCGCCGAACAAUUCUUCGGCUGUUUUAUAUCGAUGCAAAACUGGUCUGACAUGUGGUUGAACAAAGGAAUUAGCCAAUAUUUAUGCGGCUUGUAUUGCAAAAAGAGUUUUGGCAACAACUACUACAGAGAAUAUGUCCAAAAUACACUGUUGGAUGUUGUCAAGUACGAGGAACAAUACGGCGGCAUUAUUUUGGAUCCAAGCGAACCGCCCGCACCGCUUCCCGUCGGUGCGAACACGUCGCAACCCAGUUCGAAACAGACCGAGGAGAAGUUUUACUUCUCGAUACGUAACUUGCACACGAUGUCACCGAUGUACGUGGAGGCGUUGCACAAAAAAGCGUUUCUGGUGAUGCGCAUGUUGGAGCACCGCAUCGGUCUCGAGUUGUUGCUUCAGGUUUUCAACAAGCAACUGUCUCUGGCCACGAACGCCGCCUCCAGCAAGAUCGGCCACGGUCUGUGGACUCACAUGUUGAUCAGCACGAACGUGUUCACUAAAGCAAUAUUCACAGUCACCGGAAAGGAUAUGGCCGUAUUUAUAGAUCAAUGGGUGAGGACCGGAGGUCACGCCAAAUUCCAUCUCACCAGUAAUUUCAAUAGGAAAAGGAACACUAUCGAAUUAGAAAUACGACAGGAUUCGACGUCGCAAACGGGCAUCAGAAAAUAUGUGGGUCCCCUUUUGGUGACGUUGCAAGAACUGGACGGCACGUUCAAACACAAUUUGCAAAUAGAGAACACCGUCGUCAAGUCUGACAUCACCUGUCACUCCAAGAGUCGCCGUAAUAAAAAGAAGAAAAUCCCGCUAUGUACCGGCGAGGAGGUCGACAUGGACCUCAGUCAAAUGGACGACUCGCCGGUUUUGUGGAUACGUCUGGAUCCAGAAAUGACAUUGUUGCGUUCAGUCGUGAUCGAACAGCCGGACUACCAGUGGCAAUACCAGCUGCGGCACGAACGCGACGUUACCGCCCAAAUGGAGGCGAUCGUCGCCCUCGAGCGUUACCCAACGCCACCUACCCGUCUCGCGCUCACCGACACCAUCGAAAACGAGCAGUGCUACUACAACGUGCGGUGUCGCGCCGCCCAUUGCCUCACCAAAGUGGCGAACGCCAUGGUGGCCACUUGGGCGGGACCGCCGGCCAUGCUCGCCAUAUUUAGGAAACUGUUCGGCUCGUUUGCGGCCCCACACAUCAUUAGACAGAACAGCUUUCAGAAUUUCCAGCACUACUAUCUGCAGAAAACGAUUCCGUUGGCGAUGGCAGGACUGCGCAACGCUCACGGUAUUUGUCCGCCCGAAGUGGUUCGAUUUCUCUUGGACCUGUUCAAGUACAACGACAACACGAAAAACAGACACUCGGACAACUACUACAGGGCGACGUUGGUGGAGGCGCUGGGCCGCACCAUAACGCCUGUGGUGUCGAUGGUGCAACAAGGCGCACCGAUAACUGUCGAAAGUCUCAGCGCCGAUACGAAAUUGAUUCUCGAAGAGGUGACGAGACUGUUGAAUCUGGAAAAGGCGUUGCCUUGUUACAAAUACACCGUAUCGGUUGCAUGUCUUAAGGUUUUGAGAAAAUUGCAAAAGUUUGGCCAUUUGCCCAGUCGGCCGGCUAUUUUCAAGAGUUAUGCUUCCUACGGUAAUUUUGUUGACGUAAGAUGCGCGGCAUUGGAAUGUCUGGUGGAUUUCGUGAGAGCAGAUGGCAAGAAACCCGAUCUCGACAAUCUUCUGGAUAUUAUCGAGACCGAUCCGGAUCCGGGAGUGAGACACCACCUCUGUCGUCUGCUGAUUGAGAACCCGCCCUUCAAACGAGCACACAAGGAACGUCUAGACGUACCGGAAUUGGUCGAAAGACUCUGGACCAACAUCAACGGAAUGUUUUCAAAUGACGCCAGGCAACGGUGCGAUCUCGUCGAUUUGUAUUUUGUGUUGUACGGGUUGAAGCGGCCGGUUUGCCUUCCGGUAUCGGAAUUGUCCGCCAUGAUGAACAUGAGCAAAAACGAUGCGAGAAAAGCAAAACAGUACGCACAGAAACAGCAAAUGUUGGCGUCUGCGGCUGCAACUGCGACUCACACGUCGAGCACGGCCUCCGUCGACUCGAAACGUGGUAUACAACCGCCCCCUCUAGCUAGAGAUUCGCCCACCGCCCAUUCCAACGUAAUUGUUGAUGCGAUCGUCGAUCCUAUGAACGUUGAUAUUUUGUCUACCGACAAAAUUAAGGUGGAGCCAAUGGAUGUUGAAAUGGAAUCGCAGAUGGUUCCUGUGAAACAGGAUUAUUUCUCGGACAAUUCGGUGUCUUUGCCUGGUAUGGGACUCACCGGACCGGUAGGAUUUGAGCCUGGAAUGUUUAAGGAUUCGGAUAAGUCUAAAGACAAAGAAUCCUCGUCCGGGAAGCUAAAGAAGAAGAAAAAAGAUAAGAAGAAGCAUAAACAUAAACACAAACAUAAACAUGAACACAAGCAUAGUAAGGAUAAAGAGAAGAAAGAAAAAGAUCCGAAUAAGUUGAAAAUUAAAGAGGAGACUUUGAGUUCGAUGAGUUCCACACCCAGUCCGAAUCCUGUGUUGGGACAACCAGAAAUUUUAUGAAAAGAUUUAAUUUUUAAAUUUUAAUACUUUAAUUGUUAAAUAAACUUGUUCAAUAAUAAUUUUAUUUUCUGUAAAAAAUAAAACAAACAAUAAAAUGUACAAUUUA